UUCAUACCUUUAGUUGUUCUGUUUUUAAGCUUACUUGGAUGGAUUUGAAUAUGAUUAAAUGGGAUUGAAGUGAUAUUAUUUGCAUGAUAUUCUCUUGAUUUCAUACCUUUAGUUGUUCUGUUUUUAAGCUUACUUGGAUGGAUUUGAAUAUGAUUAAAUGAGGCUGAACUGAUAUUAUUUGCAUGAUAUUCUCUUGAUUUCAUACCUUUAGUUGUUCUGUUUUUAAGCUUACUUGGAUGGAUUUGAAUAUGAUUAAAUGUUUAUAUGUUCUGGUUCAGGAAAAUUAUGUUGUCAUCACCUUCGUCUUCUUCAUCCAUUGGUAAACGUACUUCGAGUCAACCUUCCUGCUUCUGUGAGGUUGAGGCAACACUGAGAUACUCAAAUACUCCCAAAAAUCCAGGACGACCCUUCUUAGGCUGCCCGAAGUACAACAAUGAGGGCUUACCGUAUUGCAAGUUCUUCAAGUGGGCGGAUGGUGCUUUGGACGUAGAGCAAGAAAUUGAAGAUAUAAAGCAAUAUCUAUUAAGGAGGGAGGAAGAGCUGAGAAUGGAUAAAAUUGAGUUCAGAAAGCGAGCCGAUGCCAUGGAGAAGAUGUUGGCUAAUAUACUUGAGGAGGUUCGGAAGCAAGAUGCUCAAAACAGGCGGAGACGCACACUAAACAAUCUGUAUUGGGCUGUUGCCAUUGUUGUCUCAUGUUACUUUCUGGUGUCUAAGUGAUUUCUAUUUGAAUGUAUAGCUUUAUUUUGUGUAUGUAUAUUAAGUUAGUCUGAACAAAACUUGGACGUUUGUAAUG